CAGAAGUAUAUCCGAGAGGGGUCUGCAAGAAACUGACUUGAGAUUAUUAAGUUUCUUUAUUUUAAUUGUGUUUUAAAAUCAGAUGUCACGAUGGCAAACGAGUUAAUAUGGAUGCAGCUAACUGUGAGAAUGAUGUUCCUCUGUUCGUUUUUGCACUUCGCCUCGCUCUUCGACCACGACCUCUUCGACACGGACGACGACCCCCACUCCCCGGACGACUUGCUGAACGACUUGGUCCGCCACUCUUACACGUACGACCAGGGAGAGUACGACGACCUGGGAUUCCCCCUUGACGACCGCCGAGAGAAGGACGACGACGACGACGACGAUGACGACGACGAGGAGGAGGAGGACGACGUGUUACCGGUCGAGUUCGUGUACGACAGGAGUUUCCCGUCCAGGUUCCUGCCGAUCGACCGGAGGGGCCGCUUCGACCUCCUCAAUCCAGGCCUGGGCCCCGAAGGAACCCCGUUUAUCGAAGGAGACAUGGUUUUCUCAGAGGAAGAGGAGGAGGCGGAGGGGGAGGACGGAGGGCGGAAGUUUGCGUCGGAGGAGCUGCUUUGGCCGCCACAUCCGCGCACCGGCUUUCCCUUCGUCCCGUUCGUCGUUCACAGCUCGGCCGAGAAAAUCAGGCCCUUCCUCGAGAAAGCCAUCCGCUCGUGGGAGAAGCGCACCUGCAUCACCUUCAAGGAAAUACCCUCCGAAUUCGAGGACGACCUCCAGAACUACUUAGGAACGCAGGAGCUCCACCUGGGGCCAUACCUUGAGUUCGUGCGGAGUUCCGGCUGCUGGAGCUACGUCGGGAGGCAGCACCGGCGGUGGGGGGGACAGAGACUCUCGAUCGGGCGGGGGUGCACGAGGAUCGGCACAGUAUUGCAUGAAAUCGGCCACGCACUCGGCCUCCUGCAUGAACAUUCUCGGAGUGACCGAGACGAGCAUGUGAAGAUCUUGUGGGAGAACGUCAUGGACGGGAAACAAAGGAACUUUCACUCUUGGAAAGACAGUCGCUUUGAUGGUGUGCCUUACGAUUACUCUUCCGUCAUGCACUAUGGGAGUUAUUUUUUCAGCCAAGGCGGCCGGCCGACCAUCCUCCCCAGGAACCCCUUCCACCAGCACCUCCUUGGCCAGAGGAAUGGCUUUUCCUUCAGGGACAUCGCGGUGGUCAACUCCGUCUACGGCUGCAUUCAGCGAUGGGAAGCCUCCUGCGGCGCCUCGACCCCCAAGUGCGAGAACGGAGGCUACGUGUUCAGGGACUGCCGCUGCCAGUGCCCACCGGGAACAGCUGGGCCCACGUGCGCUGCUGUGGCCGGGGACUACUAUCCACAGCUGAAGUGUGGCGGUAACGUGACGUCAUCACAAAUCAUCUCGUCGCCCAGAUAUCCGCAGCCUUUUCCUGCGAAUACCUGGUGCAUGUGGUGGGCGAGAGCGCCACGCCCAUGCCAGCGCGUGAGGCUCGUCGUAGACGCCUUCGAGCUCCUGCGCAGUGUGGACGGCGACUGCUACUGGGACUUGCUCGAGGUCCGACGUCGGGAUCCCCUUGAGGCGGGCGACGUGUACUGCGGCGCCGACCUGUCCCCCGGCCAAGAGCUCGUCUCCGAAGGCCCGGACAUGUUCAUCGUCUUCCGCGGGAAGUAUGGCUACAUGAGCGGGUUUUCGGCUCGGCUGGACUUCGUCGAGGGUGAGAGGACGGGGAGCGAAGGAUGUGACGAAUCAUCGGGGGGAAUGGGAGAAGAAGCGGAAGGUGGGACGACAGAAGAAGGAAGAGGAGGGAGAGAAAGAGAAGGAGGAGGAGGAGACGCUGAUGGCGGGAAUUCGCUGUUUCAUUAGUGACGUAUCGCAAAUCGACGAAAUUCUUAUCCUACUGUAUAUUUCCGACGAUGUUGAACAGAAUCCUUGAAAUGUUGAAACUUGGUUGGUAUUUGCAAUUUACCUUGGCAGUAAGAAUGUUAAGGUUUAUUAUGAGUAAUCGUGAUGGCUGGAAAUUACAACAUUAUUGUGAAUAAAUG